AUGUACUACAACGGCGAGGUCUUUGGCGAUGCCGCAAAGAUUAUGUCUAUGAACGCGAGUAUUGUGAUAACCAUGCUCUUCGCUCUCUGGGACCUUCGUCGUGUGCACGCGACGGAUUUGGGGGGUUUCCGGGGCGCAAUUCUUAUUAUAUUACUCUCCCUUGUUCUCACUCCCGCAGGGGCGCUUCGGCAGGUCUGGAUUGACUGA